AUGAGAGGGAAGAAGAAAAAGGAAAAUAAUAAUGCUACAUAUUGCCAAAGAUAUCGUCAGAAAAUUCAAUUAAAACGUUUACAAUCAAAACGUUUUGAUAAAAACUACAGAAAAUAUACAGCAGCGAGACAAGCAUUAUAUCGAACAAAGAAGAAACAACAACAAGAACAACAAGCUAUACAACCAACAUCAACAAUUACAGUAUCAAAAAGUGAUCUUCGAAAGGGUGAAGGUAUCCAACGUCGUCGUCAAAACACAAAAAAAUUUAAAUUAGAGAUAAAUAAAUUACAAAAUUCCAAUAAACAAUUACAAAUGGAAAAUAAGAAAUUGAAAGAACAACUAAUCUGUUUAACAUCAUCAUCAUCAUCAUCAUCAUCAUCAACAACAACAACAACAUUAUCAUCGUCAUCCAAACAAUCAAAUGCAGAUAGUACAACAACUAUAUCACCAUCAACACUUUUUUUUCAAAAUCUUAGUCCAAAUGCUAAACGUCAUGCUAAAGCACGUAUGGUUGCACAAAACUCGGAUUUACCUCGUGGUAGUAAUAGUAGUAUUCGGAAUAAGUUUGGAAUCAAUGUAAGUUGUGGAUUACUUUAUCCCUCUUCUAUUAUUUAG